CCCUUCCUCGCGUGCUGGAUUUUGCUUUGGAGACGGCAACAACCUUUGCCUGACAAGCCAAUGUGGAAAGAUCUGUUGGAGGAUCGGUGCUCCCACCAGCAACUUUAAACCAGUGUGUCUGAGAACCCACCCACCACGGGAGUUCUGCAAUGCUCACAGCCGUCUGUGGUUCUCUUGGCAACCAGUGCUCAGAGACACCCUGUUCCUCUCCAAACCACUUGGAGCUGCAGCCUCUGCAGACCUACCAGCCUCACACCAGCUCAGAGAGCGGAGGAGAUUUCCCAUCUCCUCUGCAGCCCACAGAACUCCAGCACCUGCCUCUGGCUGGGCCUGACACGGAGUAUUCAGCCAACACCGGUUACGAGCUGCAUGGGUCUUCGAGGUUAGACCUGGACAGUGAAAGCCAGCUGCCCCCCGGCUCAUACUCUAAGCUCUUACAGGCGGCACCAGAUAUGGCUCACCACUACGAACCUUGGUUCCGGCCUACACAUCCUAGCAAUGCCACUGACGAUGGAGGUGUCAAUCCAUGGUGGGAUCUCCAUGCUGGGUCCAGCUGGAUGGAUCUUCAGAGUGGUCUCCAGCCACCAGCCCACACAGGUGGACUUCAGCCAGCGCUGGGUGGCUAUGGUUCUGCAGAACAUCAGCUCUGCGGCCCGCCUCAUCACUUGUUGCCUUCAGCGACACACCUCAUGGGCCAGGAAGUGAUCAAAUCCCUGGAUUCUACUCAGGAGCCUCACCCAAUGGAGCAGGCUGGGGAUGGGAGUGGGAGGCCAAAGAGCUCAAGGCGCUCGGUGACCAGGAGUUCUGGCCAGGCUGCCUGCCGAUGCCCCAACUGCCAGGAGGCUGAAAGGGUGGGCCAGUGCCCUGACAACUCCAAGAAGAAGCACCUCCACAACUGCCAUAUUCCCGGUUGUGGCAAGGCCUAUGCCAAGACAUCCCACCUGAAGGCCCACCUGAGGUGGCACAGUGGUGACCGCCCCUUCGUCUGCAAUUGGCUGUUCUGUGGCAAGCGCUUCACCCGUUCUGAUGAGUUGCAACGGCACCUUCAGACCCACACAGGAACCAAGAAAUUCACCUGCCCUGUUUGCAACCGGGUCUUCAUGAGAAGUGACCACCUCAGCAAGCACAUGAAGACGCAUGAGGGCGCUAAGGAGGAAGCAGAGGGAGAAGCCAAAGUGGGGACAGAGCCUCCUGCCAAAGUCAAACGGGAACCCGACGGAAGCUCUUCGAGUGCUGCUUCCCAGCCCAACUGAGCCUUUCUCCCUCACCAAGGAUGUCCCCUCCCUGUCUCUCCUGGCCUACUGACUUGUCUUCCAUGCUUAAGGCUCUGGGAUUACUACACCCUCUGGGCCUGAACAUUAUUCUGUCCUUGGAGUGAGAGGUUAUUUAUUCUGUAGGAGGAAAGGACGAUGUUGUUGGGACUUGUUGGGAAGGGCCAUGCCCUUAAGCAGCUUUGGGGUGGGUCUUCACAAUUGAGUGUUUGGGAAGUAUUGGGGGAAGGCUUCUGAAAGAUGGUUGCUAAAGAGGGGUUGGGCUAAAUGGAAUAUUCUGGGCAGAUAUCAUUGGAGGGAAAUGGGCCUUACCUGGCUCCAUCUUGAAAUGAUGGGUUACAUGUCUCCACUAUACACAGACAUACAAAUGAGUUAACAGUUAUGGUGGGACCUCAUUUUUAGUUUAAGCUUGUAGAGAUUUAGGGGUUUGGAUCU